AGUUCUCUUGAGUCAUGCACUUAGCAUAUAUAUUACAAACCCAGUUUUCUUCUUUCAUAAAAAAACAACCUAACGAUGACAUUCGCUUUCCAUAACUAUGCUCUUCCCGUUUUCCUUUCACUUUUGGCCGUGACCGGUGGCUCUCAUCUCAACCACCGCAACCACCGUCGUGAGCGUGGCAACCCUGCUCCAAAAUCCCUUCACUUCACCUUGUUCCAACACGAAACCAUAAACAAAACAGGUUUUGUGACAGUGAACGGCGUGGAAGGAGGUGAAGGAAAGAGUGAAAACUCAACCCCGUUUGGCACUGUUUUGGUGUUUCAAGACCCUUUGACUGCGAAACCAAACAGAUCCUCCAAACAACUGGGAACUGCAGAAGGAACUUCCAUCACCUCUGGUCUUGAUGGACUCAGCAGCAUUUCUGUUGCAAAGUUAACUCUUCGACUGAACAAUCACAAGGGCUCCAUUUCCAUUGUUGGAGGCACUAACACCCUCGAGCGUUCGGAUUAUCCAGUCGUAGGAGGCACUGAAGAUUUCUUGUUCGUGCAUGGCUAUGUUACCUCUUCUCCACUUCAUGUAAACCCUCCUACACUUGUCUUCAAGAUUGGUUUUCAUCUUUACUGGCCUCCGUAUCCAUCUCAACCCUCUUAUUAGAACUUCCAUUCAUCGAAUCUCUUUCUUAUUAUAUCAUUGCUUUUUAACCAACCUAAUCACAUGCUGUGUGAUUCAUGUAACACUCUUUGUUGCUGUUGUUUACUGUUUUUUGUUUUGUUUCUGAAAAUUUUCCUGUGUGACUUUCUUGUAGUCAUAACAUAAUGUGUUCAUUUCUGGGGUGUUGUAAUUAUUAAAACAUGUUCUGGGUUGAAUGAUAAUGUAUUACAAUGCUCUGCUAAUAAAAGUGUU